AAUCUCCUUGGACAUUAUAUGUUCCAUUCACAAUAUGACUUGCGUUCCCUUUUCUUCAGGCCUGCCUCUGCAGUUGGCCUUCUUACAUUGAAGCCAUCUGCUCAUGCAUCUGCAAACCCUGUGAGAUCACAGGGGAAACAACUGGCCUGCUUUUCUUCACCUUCAUUUGUACUGACGCAGUUCUGUGGCAGCUGCUCUCCUCUCUGUAGAACAGGCUGCACUGUGGCACUGCAGCUACGUGCUGCUGCUCCAGUCCUGGUGAAAGAAGCCAUCUCUAAAGGAUGCUGGCCAGUGAUGUGCCCCAAUAUUUGCUCCGUGGUGGUGCUUCAGGCACAUUCUGUGCAAUGGCAGAUGUCUCCUGAGCAGCUGUGCUCUAGUACUGCAGUCCUCUGGAGUGAGCUGCUGCUGAAAUUCUUGCCAAGGGAUAAUGACAGGCAUUCCCAAGCUCUUUUGUAUCUCCUGUUUAUGGCCCAAAGCAGGCAACAUAUUCUGGGCCUUGUCUUGGCCACCCAGCUGGAGCUUGGCAAUGAGAUAAAUACCAUUUUAAACGAACUCAGGGGCAAGGAUUACACACUACCUACCGGGAGAUGAUGCAAAUGAUGUCUCCUUCCUACAGGACAGGAGAGGGGUGCGCUGGGCUUUGAGCGACACUAUCAUGUCACUGAUCCAUUCAUUCGACGCCUGGGCCUCGAAGCAGAACUGCAGGGUCACUCUGGGUGUGUCAACUGUCUAGAAUGGAAUGAAAAAGGAGACUUGUUGGCCUCUGGCUCUGAUGACCAGCAUACCAUUGUCUGGGAUCCUCUGCACCACAAGAAACUCCUUUCUAUGCACACAGGACAUACUGCAAACAUCUUUUCUGUCAAGUUCUUGCCACAUUCAGGGGAUCGGAUCCUCAUCACGGGCGCUGCAGAUUCCAAGGUGCAUGUCCAUGACUUGACUGUCAAGGAGACCAUCCACAUGUUUGGAGACCACACCAACAGAGUUAAGCGGAUUGCCACAGCUCCCAUGUGGCCUAACACCUUCUGGAGUGCAGCAGAAGACGGGCUCAUCAGACAGUAUGACCUGCGAGAGAACAGCAAACGUUCAGAAGUCCUCAUAGACCUCACAGAGUACUGUGGGCAGCUGGUGGAGGCCAAAUGCCUGACGGUCAACCCCCAGGAUAACAACUACUUGGCAGUGGGGGCAAGUGGCCCCUUUGUGCGCCUCUACGACAUACGCAUGAUCCACAACCACAGGAAAAGCAUGAAGCAGAGUCCUUCAGCUGGAGUACACACGUUCUGUGACCGACAGAAACCCCUCCCAGAUGGCGCGGCGCAGUACUAUGUGGCAGGGCACCUUCCAGUGAAGCUUCCGGACUACAACAACAGGCUGAGAGUUCUGGUGGCCACAUACGUCACCUUCAGUCCUGAUGGCACUGAGCUUCUGGUCAACAUGGGAGGGGAGCAGGUCUAUUUGUUUGAUCUAACAUACAAACAGCGACCAUACACUUUUCUCCUCCCAAAGAAGUGCCACACUUCAGGGGAAGUGCAGAAUGGCAAAACCUCUACCAACGGAGUGUCCAAUGGCAUCCACCUCCACAGCAACGGCUUCCGCUUGGCUGAAGGAAGAGCACAUGUGAGCCCCCAAGUGGAGUUACCUCCGUACCUGGAGAGAAUCAAGCAGCAAGCCAACGAGGCCUUCGCUUGCCAGCUGUGGACUCAAGCCAUCCAGCUCUACAGCAAAGCAGUCCAGAAAGCCCCCAACAAUGCCAUGCUGUAUGGAAACAGAGCUGCUGCCUACAUGAAACGCAAGUGGGAUGGGGACCAUUAUGAUGCUUUAAGAGACUGCCUGAAGGCCAUAUCCUUGAAUCCGUGCCACCUGAAGGCCCAUUUCCGUCUUGCCCGCUGUCUCUUUGAACUCAAGUACGUGGCAGAAGCACUGGAGUGUCUGGAUGACUUUAAAGGGAAGUUCCCAGAACAAGCACACAGCAGUGCAUGUGAUGCACUAGACAGAGACAUCAACGCAGCCCUCUUCUCCAAGAGCGAUAACGCUGAAGACAAGAAAGGGGGUGGCCCCAUCCGGCUGCGAGCCACAGGCCGCAAGGAUUCCAUCUCAGAGGAUGAGAUGGUGCUGAGGGAGCGCAGCUACGACUACAAAUUCCGAUAUUGUGGCCACUGUAACACUACUACAGACAUCAAAGAGGCCAAUUUCUUUGGCAGCAAUGCACAGUACAUAGUCAGUGGGUCAGACGACGGCUCCUUCUUCAUCUGGGAGAAAGAAACCACCAACCUUGUUAGAGUGCUGCAGGGAGACGAGUCCAUUGUGAAUUGUCUCCAGCCUCAUCCCAGUUACUGCUUCCUGGCUACCAGCGGCAUUGACCCAGUUGUACGACUGUGGAACCCCAGGCCAGAGAGUGAAACCCUGAAUGGCCGUGUGGUAGUAGACAUGGAAGGUGCUUCCCAAGCUAACCAGAGGCGCAUGAACGCAGACCCGCUGGAGGUGAUGUUGCUGAAUAUGGGGUACCGGAUUACAGGACUGACCAGUGGUGGGGCUGGAGGCUCAGAUGAUGAAGACAGCUCAGAGGGGCAAGUCCAGUGCCGGCCCAGCUAAAACAGAACUGCCUCUCCUUCCUCUAACUGUCUGGCUGAAAGGGAACCGAGUUUCCUUGGUCCUGGACUUUCUCUGAUGAAUGACUGCACUGUUUCGCACUAUGCACAGAGUAGGACAAGCUGGCAGGGGCAGGAGCGGCCGUCUCUAAACCAUCACCACCACCUCCUCCUCCUCCCCUCACGCUACUGAGCAGCAUGGCAGUGCAGUCCAGGGUUUGCCUUUAGUGGAAUUUAGUCCCAACAGGGGUCUUUGAGUUGUCUGUAAGCAGUGUAAGCUGGUCAUGUUGUUUUGCAGAGUUGCUGUAUGUUCUGGUACAGGGUUGGCUGCAUUCAUGCACUUGCAGAGGGGAUGUGAAAUUCCUGAAUAAAAUACAAACCUAGGGCAGGGGUUAUGGAAUGAAUUCACUGCAGUGAUCUUGAAAGCUUGACUCUGCUUUUUGUGCUACCAGCCUGUCUAGAGGCCCCUGGUUUAGGGUUUUUGGCCAUAAAACACCUGGUUUGUCCCAUAACAUCUUUCUUCUGGCUUCCAUCUCUAACAUGUUGUCACCAGAUGUAGCUGUGUUGCGUUAAGGACUGGAUAUUGCCCGUGUUGUCCCUGGGCAUCCAUCCUAGUUGACAGAUCAGUGAGGGCGCUGAGUAUGUGCAGCUCAGUAGGGUAGCGUGUGCGUGCCCAGCUCUGUGGUCUAUGAACCCAUGGAGAAGGGUGACAGCAAUGAGAUCAGGUUUGAUCAGAGGCUUAGGGCUCAUGUAACUGAAGCUACUGAGGAAAGGGGCUGGUAGCAGCACUCUUUGGAGCUGCUCUCUCUGUUGCCCAAAACGUGUAGCUGUAUUCACCUCCUCUCCACAUCACUCGUGCUGCAGCUGAGAACGUUGCCACCGUGUGUAUGUUGUAUCUAAAGUGUCAAGCUUUUAGCAGCAUUUCUGUGCAGUCAGCUGCUCUGUCUUGGCCAGGGUGGGCCUCGCUGGGCUAACAUCUGAUGGGUUAGUGGUUCUCUCAGGAACCCUCCUCCUUCUUCCUUCUCUCCCACACUUACUCUGGCUGCAAAGCCAGGAAUGCACCUAGAAAUGCAGCACUGUACUUCCAUCCUUUCUCCUCUCAUGCCACAUGCAGCCCUCAUUUUUUCUCCUGCAGUUGCCAAACACUAACUAUCAAAUAGAUCUUCCACAGCUGUGCUUACAACCGGAUCCGAAGAGGUUGUUUUUUCUAGGACUAUCAACUAAGACCAAAGAGCCCCUGGAGAUCUUCACUGCUCUGUGCUGUCUCGUAUCUCUUACUGCUGAAGGUCUGAACAUGCUAGCCUUGGUCCCAGGGGUAUGAGAUGUGUGGCUGGGAGUGUGUGCGCAUGUGUGUGUGCUGCAUUAGGGCUGUUCUUCCAUGUGGUGCAAUCCCUGGUCUUCCUGUUGCUGCUGUGGAAAGAUGAGAGGACUCCCUUUCCUCCUCUGGCUGCCAAGCAUUGAUGAGAGGCUGCACAGUGCUGGCUGAUCAAGGUAACUGCUUCCUCUCCCUUCCAGAACAGUCUUGGACAUGAGUAAGCCUUGUACAGGAGGGAGAGAGGCCACAGAGUCUUGUAGCUGGCAGCAUCUCUCCAAGAAGACUGCUCCCUGCAGGGAGGAAUCCCCCAGUGGAGUUAACCAGGACUAGGUCUCUAGCCGUUAGACAAAGAUGUCCAUCUGCUUUGUCACGGGUGACACAGAGCCCUAGUGAACCCCAGUUUUGUGGGAGCAUGCCCCUUACCACCCAGGAACCGCUGAGCUGUGAAGGAGGCUGAGCCAGCAUCUCCUGCUGAAGCAGAGCUCUCCAGGGAUAGAUCCAGAUCCUCACCGGGCUGCUGAGGGCAUGGUGUAGACGUGACUGCUCACUCCAUGUACCUGUUUGGGGUUCACAAGCUCCCCUGUCCCAGGUGUACUCCAGCACUCGGUGCUCUUCCCAACCCAGAGACAGCAAAAAACUCUUCUCACUUGGGUGGCUCUUUGCCAUGGUCUGGCCUUUUCUUUUCUUGCUUCAGGCUUUCCUCCUUGAUGCAGCCUCUUUUUUUCUCCUCUUCUCCUCCCACUCAAACUUUGUUUUUUCCCAGCUUUCAGGAGACAAUGUCUGCAGACUUGGGUUUUUAACCGGAGACACUGAGGUGGAAAGCUCAGAACAGGCCUCUGCCUCCCCAUUCACCUUGUGCUGUGGCAGUUAUUUCUUGUUGGGUUUCCCCUUGUGAGACAGUGCAGCUCUUUUACCUGCCAGUUGCAGUGUGAGAGCUGGAAGAUUCCCUGCCUCUGCAGUGGGUUGCUAGUUGUUAACGUCUGCUUUGGUUAAAAGAAGAGGAAUAAUAAUGGGAGAGAAGGGGAGAGAACAACCUUUCUGCCUCUGGCCCCUUGUCCCCUUGUCCUGGGCAAAUUACUUGCUCUGUCACUUGGUAAUGAGGACUUUGUAUUUAUUGGUGAAGGAAAUAAAACCCAUGCUGGGGAAGUAGGGAGAAGAUGUUGCUUUAUUGACCUCUGCUGUUUACUUCAAUCCCCUCUUUGGGAAAGCUUCUUCCUGCUCUAUCUGGUUAACUCUUUCUAGCCUGGGAUAUGCAGGGAUGCCUCCUCUAUUUUUGUACUCUAGCAGUGGGCUCUCUGUGAGGAAAGGCCAGGAUUCUCUUUAGUGGUGUAAUGACCAUUGCUUCUCGCUUUUCCAAGUACUAAAGGUGAUCAUCUCGUAAGCUUUGCCCCUGCAGUUGUAGAAGUAACACACAAGCCUUACUGCCCUCGUUAGAAGGAGCAGAACACUUGUUUCUCUGGUCCUGGAAGAGAAAGGGUUAAAGAGAUUAAACAAUUCUUUCUUCUA